AUGCGACGACAAGGUGACCUAAAAUCAUUGCGCCACAAUCUCAAUUCGCAUGCUGGCGAAGGAACGUCACGAUACGACUCGACGCAAAAGUUGGUCUCCUUAUCGGACUCGAAGUUCAACGAUUUGGCGAAUUCAUCCUGGAGUGGCGAAGAAGGUCUCAAAGUCCUCCAUGCCCUCCUUGAAAUGGCCACCCCCGAAAUUGAUGACACCAUGUACCCGGCUGUCAUCAGAUUCUAUCCAGAUGACGAGUUUUAG